AAUGAAAUAACUGAUGAAGAUUCAAUCUUUAAAGAAGACAGGGAAAGAUUGUCCAAAGACCUUCAUUCUAGACACUUGCAAAUGAUUGCGAUCUGUGGAGUAUUUGGUACUGGUAUCUUUCUUAGUUCAGGAAAGGUUUUUGCACUCACAGGUGCUGGAGGUACUUUCCUCGCCUAUGCUUUGAUGGCAAUUAUAGUUGGAAUUAACCAGAUAGCUAUUGCGGAAGUUGCAGCUUUAAUGCCGACUUCUUCUGCCACUGUUAGACACUUAGAACAUUUUGUUGAUCCGGCUCUAGGAUUCGCCUAUGGUUGGAUUUCUGUCUGGCAAAAUGUCAUGCCUGGUGAAAUUGCUGCAGCCUCAGUUAUUAUAACAUUCUGGACAGAUAUCAAUUCUGCUGCUUGGAUUAGUAUUAUUAUUGUUGCACUUAUCGCCGUUAAUUCAUAUUCGAUGAAGUUAUAUGGAGAAAUUGAGUUUUCAUUUGCCAUACUUAAACUUACUUUGUUGACAGGAUUGAUUAUAGUUUCAAUAGUCAUUACAGCUGGUGGAGGCCCAAAUCAUGAGUCUAUUGGAUUUAGAUAUUGGAGGGAUCCGGCACCAUUUCUUUCUUAUUUGACAACAGGAAGUCUUGGCAGAUUUGCAGCCUUUUGGUCCUCGUUGAAUUCUGUAGUUUACUCGUUUGGUGGAGUGCAAUCAGUUCCAAUAUUAGCUAGUGAGGUCAAAUACCCUAGAAGAGCAGUUUUCAAAGCUUGCAAAAGAAUCUUCUUUAGGGUUUCGAUUUUGAUGACCUUGGCAGUGUUGUGUUUGACCUUAAUUGUUUCUCCAAGGGACAAGAACAUCACUUCAGGUUCAGGAAAUGCAAAAUCAUCACCUUAUGUUGUGGCUAUCCAAAAUGCUGGUAUUCCCGCAUUACCCCAUAUUGUGAAUGCUGUUGUCUUUACUUCGGCUUUUUCUGCUGCUAAUGCUGGUGUUGUCCAGGCUUCUAGAGUUCUUUUCGCUUUGGCUGUCAAACGUCAAGCCCCAUCUUUCUUCUUGAAGACCACCAAGAGAGGAAUACCUAUCUAUGGUUUGGCACUUGUUGCUGUAUUCAUGCCCUUGUCUUACAUGUCAGUGUCCAAAACUGCAGCAACGGUUUUCAAUUGGUUCCAAAGUUUGACCUCUUCAAAUUUGUUAUUAGGAUGGAUUUUGAUUGGGGUCAACCAUGCUUCACUUCAUAGAGCUCUCAGAGCUCAAGGCUACUCCAGAAGCAAUUUACCUCAUACAGUGCCAGGAGGUGGUUAUGCAGGUUACUUUUCAGUAGUCGUAUGUUCCAUUUUGCUUUUGACCAAUGGGUACACAAAUUUUGUACAUGGACAUUUUGACAUCGCCAGCUUCUUUUCUUCCUACUUUAUCUUGCCAUUGUUCUUUGGCUUGUACGUGUUUUGGAAAUUUUUCAAAAGAACUGAAUUCAUUACACCCGACAAAGUUGAUUUACACUCUUUGUUCCUUGACGUUGAGAGGAACCCUGAGCCUCCACAAGUGCCAUUACGUGGAUGGAAAUGGAUAACAAUAUUAUGGGAUUGA